AGGGAGGCGGAGGGGGGAGACUCCGUGACGACUCUGAGCUGCACGCGGGCUCCGGUGUUUUUCUACCGACAGGCGUCGCAUCGCCGUGACACGCGCGGUGUGUCCGUUAGGACCGGGAGUCUGUCGGCUGAUCUGCGGACCUCCGUCAGGACCUCCGAGAGCGGCAGCCUGAGGAACGUGACCGGACCGGAGAGGCUUGGUCCCCCCGGUUGGAGGAGCAGUUUAACGGACAGACCCUGGAGGAGCUCCGCAGAUGGUGAUGUCAUCAUGAUGCUGCCAGUCACCAGGUUUAAAGGUCAGCCGGUUGGCAUGGUAACCACCACCACCACACCCUGGUUGUCCAUAAGCGUAGACCCUACCCCCCAGUGUCUGUGGUUGGCCAGCUGGUCAGCUGCAACAUACCAGGCCACGCCUCCUUUGGUGUUCUACCCCCCAGCAGUGUGGAUACCUGAGCAUGCACACCUGAUGCAGUGGGAACGUCCAGUGGUUGAAGUUGUUCCUUUCCUCCAGCCGUUCUAUCGAUCUUCACCUCUUCAUCAUCAUCAUCGUCUCCCAAAGCUCACUGACACCUGGAUCUCACCAGAGGAAGUGGGCAUGUUCCCAAGAAGAGAAAAACGCCUCCUCUUAACUAAUCAGAUUAUCCAGAGGCCAAGUGGACACACCUCCAGGGCCCGCCUGCUGUUGUUCCCUCCUCCCCUCUCAGGUCACAUUAGAAAAGACCACACAAAGACCAGAGACGCUGAGCCUGAAGACUCCUCUUCCUCAUCCUCCCACUCUCCCUCGCUCCCACAGCACCUCAUCUCUUUGCCUCCACUCCCUCUGCCUCUCCUCACAGCUCCUCCUCCUCCAUCAGAUGCCCUCUGCUGGUUAGAGCUCCUAACAACACUGACCUGAGACCACCUGAGCAGAGGGAGAUAUAUCACGAUGUUAAUACUGCAAACCUAACCUGCUCAGGAGCAGGUAUGAAAUCACCAAUUCCUGACCAAUCAGUUUUUUGGAAAAUAGCAUCCUGGCCGAUCUCGUGGAUCUCUUUGUGCUUACAGUAGGA